AGUUUAAACAUGUCAGCGCCCAGUGAAUGCCCGUCCUCGCAUUCACGAAGCCGCAAAUCAGGCCUGCGGGAAUUUCGUUGUCAGGGAGAGCUGACGCUACAUUCUGUGGAAGACGACCAUGGACGGCUUCUCUCGUGAUAUAUGCACCUUCAACAGGGGGUCUUUGAGGCAGGUUCAAACGCGCGUCAAGACAGCAGACGGUAGGAAUUUCGUCGAGUCCAAGGACGAGACCGGCACGAUCUGCGUUGAGGCGUCUGCUCCGCACGACAGAUCCCUCGGUUUUGUACCAGACCUGACACCCGACCUCCUACUGGGAGAAGUCCUACCUGGCCUUUAUGUGGGCUCGCAGGACGCCGCGGCGGAUCUUCCGCUUCUGCAGUCUCGAGGAGUGACCCACGUCGUCAACGCCGCCGGUGCGUCGGUGCCGGAGGUCCACGGGUCUUCGCUGUCCUAUCUGUCCCUCCCGCUGCUGGACCUGCCCGAGUGCGUUCUCUCGGACGCCGUCAUCGGGGCCGUGGGUGACUUCGUGGAAGAGGCGCUGUCCAGCGGAGGUGCCGUGCUGAUUCACUGCAACGCCGGCGUGUCCAGGUCCUCGGCCUUGGCCAUCGCCUUCCUCAUGACCCGUCGUGGAGCUGGCUACCAAGAGGCCCUCAGCAGGGUCCGAGCGGUUCGAGCCGCGGCCUGUCCCAACGAAGGGUUUCGGCGGCAGUUGCGUGAUUUAGAGCUCCGGCUAAGGCCACACUAAAACUAGGAUAACAUUCAGGGCUGCUGUACGGCAACAUUCACUGUUAAUUUCUUGCACUAGAUCCCCCUCGCGUAAUGCACUUUGUUAAAGUGCCUUUGAAAAUUGAUAAUCUGAACUGAACUAAACAGCUGAAGCAUCUCAAGAGAUCAACGUUGUCUUUACAUCGUGCUUUAGACAAUCCCUUCGGCGACAGUGGCGCGAUCUAGACAACCGACUGUGGCAGUGCUAGAACUGGGACAUUUAGGGCUUGCACUUUUAGUCGAUUAUGAGUGUGUUUCUGCGAGGAGGGGAGGCAGUUAAGAAUCUCAAGAGUUCUGUGCAACGUUUCUCAUUACUUCGUUCUUUGGGCAAUCUCUUGGGAAGCAGCUGUGCGACCUGGAUAGCCGACUGUGACCACGCUAGAACUGGGACGACGUUCAGGGCUUGCACAUUGGUCGAUGCUGAGUUAGCUUCAGAGAAAGUGCACGUGUGUGUGUGUGGGCCGGGGGGGGGGGGGGGGCGGUGUUGGAGCACUUCAAGUGUCCUGCGCAACCGUGUUUCACUUCGUUCUUCGGACAAUCUAUUCGGAGGAAGCUGUGCGACCUGGACAGCCGACUGUGGUCAUGAUAGAACUGGAACAACAUUCAGGGUUUGUACUUUAAUUGAUCUCGAGCCUAUUUCAGCAUCUCAAGAGCUCUGUGCAACUUUGUCUCUACUUCGUGCCUUGGACAAUCCUUUCGGCUGCAGCUGCUUGAUCUUGGCAGCAGACUAGGACAGCUCAAGAGUUUGGACAUUCAGGGUCUGCCCCUGGGCAGCACUUUUUAGAUGACCAAGCCAUAGAUAGUGCAGAAUGUUCAGCGUCAGUGUUAACAUGUCAUUUAAAGGUCCACGAUGGGACACAGAUUGGACAGGAGCGCUGCUUCAGCAUGCAGCUGUGGGCUCACAGUUUCUCCUAUUUGACACGAGUGUCAGCCGAGCGCCGACGCUGCUCUCGUGUUCAGUCACUGUCCUGCGCUCGAUCGAGGAAGAUGACUUAAAUAAUCCAGUGCACAGGCUUUGUGUUAGAUAAGCACCGAAGUCGGUCUAAAACAAGCUGGACAAAGUGCCCCGUAUAUUUCGAUCUCCUUGCCAAUAGCAAGAAAGCUUUUCAAAAUCUCCAUGAUGGGAAGAGUGCAAGGACACUGAAUGAAUUUACGGAGAAUGAAGUUAAGGAUAAUCUUUAUAUUAUUCGCUGUUCUUUUGUUUAUGUUUCUGCUUUCCCCGAUGACUGAACUUGUCUGCGAUGGAAUAAACGAAAUACAAUUAAAGAAAGCGGCAAUUUUAGCAGAGGUAAGUCGAAACUAGAUGUUGAUUGGUCCUCAUAUAGUUAGUGUAUGAUAGAAGUCUUUUUAGACGCGUACAGGGCGGACUGUUCCCAGAUAACUAUUAUUUCUAUAUGGAUUCCUUUGGAGUCUGAUUUUAUCUUCGACAACCGAGGGGAGCGGCUGAGGUUUUUCUCACGGAACUCCAGACAAAGGCCAGUCCUCAUUCUACAACUAUAGACGCAGCUGAAGGAUUUCAACUUACGAAGUAUGAUUGUGGAAAAAAAUGGCACCGACCCGUACAUUUUGCUUAAGAAUGGGCUGCACCUUGCUUUAGUGCGCGCGUGCUCGUGUACUUAGUUUACUAAUUUUAUUUUAUUGAAUACUCAGCAGGUCCUAUAUUUCCACCUAUUAUUUUUAAAUGGAAUUUCGGCUCUCGCCUGUCGUUGUGUCUGAUUUAGUUCUUAAUAAAGCAAGUCAUUUAUUUGCCGAUUUGGUUUGGUCCCGGUUUCACCUCCUUUGUGUUCCAACCGACAGCGCGAUCACAUUUCUUUCUCGCACAGGGGUUAGUGGUGCAGGCUGUGUUUAUACUCACCAGAGUUCUGAAGUGCGUGGACCAGAACCUGGUGCUGCGGUUUUGAUAUGACGUGCGUUAACCCGUCGUACGUUUGUGUCAUCACUGCUGUGGGCUUCAAGCAUGUUGAAAUUUUAGGGUUAGCAAAUAAACCGGCCGAAUUGUUUCUUUAAA